GUGUGAAUCUCACUGAUCCAGAGUCAGUCUCUCCCGCACAUCCGGGUGUCGCCUCCACAGCGCAGACUCGUGCGGUGAUUGCAGCUCUGCGUUUCCGCGUUAGCAGCGGGGGGAACCAGCCGAGGGGAGGGAACGGAACACACCGAAGAUUGGCCAAAUCUAACCGGAUUACUCUGCCCGUGUAGUGAUUAAAAUGAAAACCAAGUGACACUCGACCCUCCGGUCCGUGUUUUAGGGAAUGAGUGUGGGAUUAUGGCGCGAGACUGGAUGACAACACUGUCUGACAUGUGAGGACGAGCACAACAACAGUGUGUCCGUGUAUGCACAUCUCUGCGUUCGUUUCGCAUUCGCUGGAAAACAACAUGAAGAAGUUUAAUAUCAGGAAGGUGUUGGACGGAUUGACCGCGGCGUCUUCUUCCUCCUCCUCUGCCGCCGCCGCGUCCCCUCAGUCGGGGAAUGACAUGAUUCAGGAGACCCUGCAGUCCGAGCAUUUCCAGCUCUGCAAGACAGUGCGGCAUGGCUUUCCCUAUCAACCCUCCUCCAUGGCUUUCGACCCUGUGCAGAAAAUCCUGGCUAUUGGCACACAGAGUGGAGCCCUGAGACUAUUUGGCCGAGCAGGAGUUGAGUGUUACUGUCAGCAUGAGAGCGGAUCCGCUGUCAUCCAGCUGGAGUUUCUUGUCAAUGUAGGGGCGCUGGUUAGUGCUCUGGCAGAUGACAGUAUUCAUUUGUGGAAUUUGAGGCAAAAGCUUCCAGCCGUUCUCCAUUCUCUUAAAUUUAAUCGGGAGAGGAUCACGUUUUGCCAUUUGCCUUUCCAGAGUAAAUGGCUGUAUGUGGGCACGGAAAGAGGGAACAUUCAUAUCGUCAACGUGGAGUCCUUCACCCUCUCAGGCUAUGUGAUCAUGUGGAACAAAGCCAUUGAACUUUCAUCAAAGACUCACCCUGGACCAGUAGUUCACAUCAGCGAUAACCCCAUGGAUGAAGGAAAACUUUUAAUUGGUUUUGAAUGUGGGAUAGUUGUGCUGUGGGACUUGAAAUCGAAGAAGGCAGACUACCGCUACAACUAUGAUGAGGCGAUCCACUCUGUGGCUUGGCAUCACGAGGGGAAACAGUUUGUGUGCAGUCACUCGGAUGGCACACUUACCACAUGGAAUGUGCGCGCUCCUGCCAAGCCUGCCCAGAUCAUUACACCGCAUGGUAAACAGCCAAAGGAUGGGAAGAAGCCGGAGCCUUGCAAACCCAUCUUAAAAGUGGAGUACAAAACCACCAGAGCAGGGGACCCAUUCAUGAUACUGUGUGGAGGUUUGUCAUAUGAUACAGUGGGUAGGCGAGCCUGUCUGACUGUGAUGCAUGGGAAAAGCACUGCAGUGCUGGAGAUGGACUACCCCAUAGUGGAUUUCCUUACGCUGUGUGAAACCCCAUAUCCAAACGAUUUCCAGGAGCCUUAUGCAGUUGUUGUCCUACUGGAGAAGGAUUUGGUUGUUAUUGACCUUGCACAAAUUGGGUAUCCCAUCUUUGAGAACCCGUACCCUCUAUCCAUCCACGAGUCUCCGGUGACCUGCUGCGAAUAUUUUGCAGACUGUCCAGCCGAAGCAAUCCCUGCACUUUACUCUGUUGGCUCCAGACAGAAAAGACAGGGCUUCAGUAAGAAGGAAUGGCCCAUAAGUGCAGGUAACUGGGGCCAGGGAACACUGAGUUUCUCAGAGAUUAUCAUCACUGGGCAUGCUGAUGGAUCGAUCAAGUUUUGGGAUGCCUCAGCUUUAAUGCUUCAAGUGUUGUAUAAGCUGAAAACAGCGAAGGUGUUUGACAAGCCCCGGAGUAAAGAGGAGAAAUCCAGCACUGAUAUUGUGGAUGAGGAUCCAUUCGCCAUCCAGAUGCUGUCCUGGUGUCCGGAGAGCCGUGUGCUGUGUGUGGCUGGAGUAUCGGCUCAUGUUAUAGUCUACAGGUUCAGCAAACAGGAAGUCACCACCGAAGUGGUUCAGCUGUUGGAGGUGCGUAUGCAGUGUGAGCUGAAUGAAGUGGAAUCUCCAGAGGGUGGAGGAGACCAGGCGUCGGCUGUUUCCACCCCAGGAACUGCACCCAGCCCUCAGACCAGCCUGCCUCAGUCUCACCCCUCCACAAGCAGCAACAACUCCUGCGACGGCCUUCGGGAUAACGUGCCCUGCCUCAAGGUCAGGAGUUCCCCUCUCAAACAGUUUCCCGGUUAUCAUGUGGAGCUGCUCAUUCAGCUGGUGUGGGUCAGCGGGGAGCCACCACAGCAGAUCACCAGCCUGGCCAUCAACUCUGCGUAUGGCCUAGUCGCUUUUGGCAAUGGAAACGGCCUUGCAGUUGUUGAUUACAUUCAGAAAACUCUCCUUCUGAACGUGACCACCGCCGAACUGUACGGCUCUACAGAUCCUCACCACAGACAACCACGCUCACCCCGCAAAACCAGACAGCCCUCAGCAGACACUCUGCAUAAGAAGUCUUGCAUGUCCGGCCUCUCUAACUUUUAUUCUGAAUCAGUGAAAAAGCUUCGUUCUUCUUACCUCAGUCUUUGUGAUGGUAAUGAUGCAUCAGCUGCCCCAGAAGAAAGAUGCAAAUCACCAACCUCAGGCUCCGGUUCACCGUGCAAUUCUGAUGAAGACAGCAAACAAAAGUUCAUUGAGAGGGUGAAGACCAAAAGCAAGCGGAUAUCCAAGACUGUUGCCAAUGACUUUGCUAAGAUAUCCCGGAAAAUUAACAUGCUUGCUGAUCAGAAAGAUGAUGCCAGAGACAACUCAUUCAGCCGCUCGCGCAGCUCCAGUGUGACCAGCAUUGACAGAGAGUCACGGGAGGUCAUUUCCUCCUUUUACUUUUGCGACUCUCUGUCCAAGAAGAGCGAGACGCUGGCAGUACCCAGUCUGUGGGUGGGCACCUCACUGGGCAGCAUGUUGGCCAUCGCCCUCACCGUUCCCUCCACACCAGAGCAGAGGAUGCAACAGCCUGUGGGCGUUUCUUUCUGUGGUUCAGUUGUGCGCUUGAAGGGAGCUAUUCUGCGUAUGGCCCAGCUGGAUGCCAGCGGGACUGUCCUUCCUCAUAUUUAUGAGCCCUGGUAUGAGCCCAACGCCCCUGAAGAGGAGAGAGAGCGGCCACGGAGACGCAGACCCACGUCCCCUCCGUCAUCUCAGGAGAACCAGGACUGUCAGUACGCCGUGGUCUGCUCUGAGAAACAGGCCAAGGUGGUGGCGCUGCCCUCCCAACACUGCAUCUUUGAACACAACAUCACUGAAGCAUCCUUUGUGCUUAGAGCCGAUGUGGUUACGAUGACGGCCGGGGUUGCCAUCGCCUGUUUCUGUGCCAACGGCCACAUCAUGACCCUCAGUUUGCCCAGCCUGCGGCCAUUGCUGGAUGUGAACUACCUUCCUCUGACGGACAUGAGGAUAGCCAGAACCUUCUGUUUCUCAAACCAAGGCCAAGCCCUGUACCUCACAUCGCCCACUGAGAUCCAAAGAAUCACCUAUAGCCAGGAAACCUGUGAAAACCUGCAGGAGAUGCUUGGAGAGAUGUUUACUCUAGUGGAGACACCAGAAGCUCCAAACAGAGGCUUCUUCAAGGGCUUGUUUGGAGGCGGCGCUCAGUCCUUGGACAGAGAGGAUCUGUUUGGAGAGGUGGCUGCUGGGAAGGCCUCACGCAGCCUAGCCCAGCACAUCCCGGGUCCUGGUGGUAUGGAGGGAAUGAAGGGGGCGGCGUCAGGUGUGGUGGGAGAGCUGGCGCGGGCGAGGAUAGCGCUGGAUGAGAGAGGACAGAAACUGGGAGAGCUGGAGGAGAGGACGGCAGCCAUGAUGGCCAGCGCAGACUCCUUCUCCAAACAUGCGCAUGAUAUGAUGCUGAAAUACAAGGACAAGAAAUGGUACCAGCUCUGAGGGCCUGUAGGGAGUCAGCAGAAGACAGCAGAUCCAUCAUCUCUCCUCGGUUUCUUCCUUCUCUUCUCUUCUCUUUCCCUCUCUGUGAUGUCUUGAGACUCGGCACAACGUCCCGCGGCAUUACCUCCAGCAGAGGAGACAGGAGGCGAAGGAUCCAGACAAGCCAAACGCAUCGGGACGGGAUUACCAGGCACUAAAGUUUCCUCUUCUGAAAACAAAAAGCCGCGGUUCUUGUCUUGUAGAGGUGGCUUUUCACCGGUGCUGCCCCGUUGUUUACCGUCAUCCGCCCCACGCUGUCAUUUUCACUGCCAUUCGAUCUGCGAAGGAAACUACACAGAGAAAGACAACGAAUGAAAUAGAGACUAACGUGUGCAGCAUUGCCAAGCUUAAUGCUUCUGAUAAUCUGUCACUAGUGCAAGAAAACAUUGCAUGUCUAGUGAUUUCAUGUAGGAAAUUAGUGCGUUUUAUUGUUUUGUUUUUUUAGGAAAGGGGGCACUGUAAAAAGCGAUUUCUAGACUUGAACAGCCAUUAGUUGACUUUACUUUAAAAAGGGAGUAAACCCGUUGCUUUUAAAGUGAGUAGUUAACUUAA